CUGAGAGCAGCAGUUAAAUUUCUCCCAGUCUGCCUAGAAAGCUGCAGGAAAAGCACUUUUCUACCAGGAUACCCAAACAUUCUCCACCUUCCAUCAUGACUGGACUUCUGCAUUAAAGUAGCUGCUGUAAAAUCACGACUGUGGCUGCACCGGUCUCUGAUUCGGACAGUAGUGAAUAUCUGUCGCUACAAGCUGAGGGAAGCAAACCUUUGAAAGGCUACCUGGAGAUCACAGCUCAAUUCUGACAUGCUGUUUCAUUUGGCGAGUGAUGCAUACUGCAAACAGAGUGUGCGUGUAGUGUGAACAAGACCUGCUGGUGCAUGUGUAACCCUGUGAGUAAGAGUGUGCGUAAGGAGAGAGAGAGACUGGGACUGAGACCCUAACACGGAGCAUGCCUCUGCGUCCGGCAGCCGGCAAACAUGAGCCACCCCGCUCUUCACGGCAGGACCAGCAGCAGCAACAGCACGCAUCCACACACUCACACACGCACCCCUACACACACGCAGCCAACGGCAGCCAGGGGGGCAGCACUGACAGCAGCAGCUCCCGGGAAGAGGAGAGCGGCGUACCCGUUCCUGACGCUGUUCUGGCUUUCAGUCCCGGUGGAGAGCACAGCAACAGUGCAGGAGCACCCAUGGAGGAGCCAACAGGCAACACUGUGGUCAUCCGCAUUGGAAUCCCAGACCUACAACAGACGAAAUGUUUGAAAUUCAAUGUGGAUGCACCUAUCUGGUUGUCCAAGCAACGAAUCCUGUGUACCCUCAACCAGAGCCUGAAGGAUGUACUCAACUAUGGCCUAUUCCAGCCAGCUUACAAUGGCAGGGCUGGCAAGUUUCUGGAUGAGGAGAGACAGCUUAGGGAAUAUCCUUUCCCAUCCUUUGCCCCUGUCCCUUAUCUGGAGUUCCGCUAUAAAAGACGUAUCUACACUCAGACCUACAUAGAUGAAAAGCAGUUAUCCAAGCUCCACACUAAGGCAAACUUGAAGAAGUUUAUGGAAUAUGUGCAGCAGAGGAACACUGAAAAGCUCUCAAGAUUCCUGGAAAAGGGCCUGGAUCCUAACUUCCAUGAUCCGGAUACAGGAGAAUGCCCACUAUCGCUGGCAGCACAGUUGGAGGGAUGUACCGAGCUCAUCAAAGUGCUUAAAAAUGGAGGGGCACAUCUGGACUUCCGAACAAAGGAUGGCAUUACGGCCUUACACAAGGCUGUGCGCAGCAAGAAUCACACCGCCCUUACAACACUGUUGGACUUGGGUGCUUCACCUGACUAUAAAGACAGCAGGGGUCUCACUCCUCUCUACCACAGUGCAAUGGUUGGGGGAGACCCCUACUGCUGUGAACUGCUUCUGCAUGACCACGCACAGGUCGGCUGUGAGGAUGAGAACGGCUGGCAGGAGAUACACCAGGCAUGUCGCUACGGCCACGUCCAGCAUUUGGAACAUCUGCUGUUCUAUGGAGCUGACAUGAGUGCCCAGAAUGCAUCUGGAAACACCGCCCUGCAUGUGUGUGCUCUGUACAACCAGGAUAGCUGUGCACGUGUUCUACUAUUCCGGGGAGCCAAUAAAGAGAUAAAAAACUACAACAGCCAGACAGCAUUUCAGGUUGCUAUUAUAGCUGGAAACUUUGAUCUGGCAGAAAUCAUUAAGGUUCACAAAGCAUCGGAUGUUGUGCCUUUUAGGGAGACCCCCUCCUACACCAACCGUCGCCGUGUUGUGAUAGGCACCCUGCCCUCACCCCGUUCCUUGCUGCGCUCUGCGAGUGACAAUAACCUGAAUGGUGACCAUGAUCACAUCCACCCUCAGCGCCCUCGAGAAUCCCGUGGCCGCCCGGGUCACUCCCCUGUUCCUUCACUGCGCAGUCUCCCAGCUUUUGGGCAACAGCACAGCAGCCUCGGAGAAAGUCGUCACGGAGAAAUCCCUGACAGCAGUCUCCAGAGCACCGGCAGCUCUAGAUCCUCCCAUUCCCGCUCACCAUCUUUACAUCACAUGCAUGAGGAGGACAAGCCAGUCCCCAGACGUUCCCACAGCCAUGGCUAUCCUCAUGGACAUGGGGGUGGAAGACUCAGCCCUGGCUCAGUGCAGCGAGACCCAAGCCCACCACAUCACACCCCUCCUGCACUGACAGGCCCUCGUGGGCCCAAACGGAAACUCUACAGUGCUGUCCCAGGACGUACCUUCAUUGUGGUCAAACCCUACUCCCCACAGGGGGAGGGAGAGAUCCAGCUCAACCGUGGAGAACGAGUCAAAGUACUAAGUAUAGGUGAAGGAGGUUUCUGGGAAGGCACCGUCAAAGGAAGAACAGGCUGGUUUCCAGCAGAUUGUGUGGAAGAAGUUCAAAUGCGACAGUAUGACCCAAGACUAGAGACCCGGGAGGACCGCAAUAAGAGACUGUUUAGACACUACACUGUGGGAUCUUAUGACAACUUCACCUCAUACAGUGACUACAUUGUGGAGGAGAAGAAUGCUGUUUUACAAAAGAAAGAAAAUGAGGGGUUCGGUUUUGUCUUGCGAGGAGCCAAAGCUGAGACUCCCAUUGAAGAAUUCACCCCUACCCCAGCAUUCCCUGCCCUGCAGUACUUGGAGUCUGUGGAUGUGGAGGGGGUGGCCUGGAGGGCUGGUCUCAGGACGGGGGACUUUCUUAUUGAGGUGAAUGGGGUAAAUGUAGUGAAAGUGGGCCAUAAACAGGUGGUGUCCUUGGUCCGACAAGGGGGCAGCAGACUCUUAAUGAAAGUUGUUUCUGUCACUCGAAAACCAGAGUCGGAAGAAGUAGUUCGGAAGAAAGCUCCCCCGCCACCUAAGAGAGCUCCCAGCACCACCCUGACUCUGCGCUCUAAGUCCAUGACUGCCGAGCUGGAGGAACUGGCUUCUGCUCGGAGAAGACGAGGAGAAAGACUAGAUGAGAUGUUGGCAUCGCAGGAGUCUAUGUUGCAUUCUCAGCCCCCGGAGGCAGAUUACAGAGCAGCCACUGUCAAACAACGGCCUACCAGCAGGAGAAUAACACCAGCAGAGAUCAGUUCCCUGUUUGAGAGACAAGGGAUGACACUACAUGGAGGUCUACACCUGGGGAUCGAGAGAGGUCAUAUACCACUCACUAGAGGCAUGUCCAGGACCAAGUCUUUUGGUGCAACUGAAGAGGAUAGGCUGUCUGCAGUUGUAGGCGAGCACAGAUUUCCACGCAGUUCCUCUAUGACAGACAGUCUCAGAGAACACUCACAGCCCCAUCCUAUUCCUCCACCUCCUCAGACGGCACCACCUCCUCCCCCUUACUAUUUUGACACUGGUCCUCCUCCAGCUUUUUGCCCUCCUCCACCCCCAUCCAGGACUCAGAGUCAAGGCCAUGAGCCCGGAGGCCGUUCCAGCUUCAAGCCAUCCUCUUUGGACCUGCCUUAUGAAGCUGCUCAGCGGCAAGCCACACACCUCGAAAGACAAAAGAAAGCUCGCUCAAUGAUCAUCCUGCAGGACUCCUCCCAUCUACCUGUCGAACCUACAGAAAUUCCCCGUCCCUCUGCUGCUACACCACCAGAACGGAUCAAAAGAAAGGGAAGGGUAAUUGACAACCCUUACGCAAAUGUGGGUCAGUUUAGCAUUGGAUUGUUCACACCCACAAAGCCCCAAAGAAAGAAAAGUCCUUUGGUGAAACAGCUACAGGUAGAAGAUGCACAAGAAAAGGCUAGUUUGGCCUUAGCUGCUGCCCAUUCACGAGAGAGCUCACCCUCAGGACGACACCCACGUGGGCACACCCACACCAGCCGUGUUGACUACUACCAGCAGCAGCUGAUGGCCGAACGAGACCGUUUGCGAGCCCAAGGAGAGAUGAUAUUUCAGGGUAAAGGCCCCUUUGCUGCUGCAAUUGCUGGAGCAGUAAAAGAUCGUGAGCGUCGACUAGAAGAACGGAGGAAAUCCACUGUCUUCCUUUCUGUUGGGACCAUGGAGGGGUCCCCCACAACAAGCCCUGAUGCCCCCUCUUUGACUCAGUCUCACUCAAUUGACGAACGGCUGUUAUCCCGAGAGCUGGGACAGCUUCCUCCCCCUGCCUUGGCUCUGAGCCCCUCACCAAGUGGGACCACAUUUAUCCAUCCACUUACAGGAAAGCCUCUGGACCCAAAUUCACCACUGGCUCUUGCACUGGCCGCAAGGGAGAGGGCACUAACCUCUCAGAGUCAGUCCCCAACUGGAAGCCCAGAGCCAAGGACUAAACAAGAACGCAUAGGCCAGAUGGUAAUGUUCUCUGACACUCAGACCAAAGAGUCUCCACAUGGGGAUGUGGCAGCUGCAUCUCCCCCUGUUUCACCCAAAAGCGCCAAGGCAGCAGGGUAUGGUGCUUCAUCCUCCCCAGCUAAUAUUUUAGCUCCUCAACCCACCAAAUCCCAGUGGUCUACAUCAUCAUCACCUAUAUCAUUCCGUCAAGAGAUGGAAGCUAGAAUUGAGGAGAGAAAGGAGGAAAAGAGACUAGAGGAUAAGAAAAGUAUGUUGAUCAGUAUUAUGGAUACAUCACAGCAGAAGACAGCAGGGCUGAUCAUGGUUCAUGCAACCAGUAAUGGUCAGGCUGUUGGUGUGGGGUCAGGGAUUGAGCAGACACCUGUGCUUACAACCACAGAGCCCAGCAAAUCACAGAUUGCCCGGGCUAAAUCCCCCACUCCCACUGCGCCCCAGGCCCAAACUCAGCUCCAGGUUCAGCCUCAAACUCAACGUCCUGCCAGUCCCGCUCAAGAGAAGAGCUUGGCUCAGGGAAGCUCUGAAGAGGAUGUAGAUGCUUACACCGUCACUUUACCACCUGCUAUGUUAUCUUCUAGUGAUGAGGAAACAAGGGAGGAGCUACGUAAGAUUGGGGUGGUUCCUCCUCCAGAUGAGUUUUCAAAUGGAUUGCUGGCUCAGGCACAGGGGACAGUUGUAUCACCUGCUAAACCUCCCCCAUCUCCUGUCCUACCAGCAGCACUAAUACCCCAAACACCCUCAACCCCAACAACUCCAACUGUGACAACCACCCAGCCUCAGCCUCCCCAGCCACCACCUCCACCCAGUGCAGCAGCUGUCUCAGGGAAAACUACUGACCCUCUGGAGCCCCCACCAGUGGGCGAGGCUGGUUAUGCAGCUGACUCAGGUGUGGAGGAGGCUGACACACGCAGCUCUAGUGACAGAGAGAGAGACCAUCAUCUUGAGACCACCAGCACCGUCUCCACAGUUUCCAGCAUGUCUACGUUGUCCUCAGAAAGUGGCGAGCCUGCUGACACACACACUACGCACACCUCCUAUGCUGACGGGCAGACUUUUGUUCUUGACAAACCGCCAGUGCCUCCUAAGCCUCGACUCAAGUCCCAAAUAGGAGGGGCUAAAGGCCCUGUCACCUUCAGGGACCCUUUGCUGAAGCAGAGCUCUGACAGUGAGCUGCUAUCCCAGCAACAGGCUGCUGCAUUGGCUGCUGCAGCAGCUGGUGGGGCUGGGCUUCCUGCAGGGGGUUCUGCCUCAGUGACUGGUCUAGCUCCCACCAAGCCACGCUAUCUCUUCCAAAGGAGGUCCAAGUUGUGGGGAGAUCUUGUAGACACCCGAGGACCAGGGAUAGGGCUAGGUAUUGGUAGUUUGGGAAAUCUUGGUGGGUUAGGACUUGGGCUAGGCUCAGAUGAGGGUGCUAAGCCAACAGUUAUGGGAGAGCUCAGUUCACGUCUACAACAGUUAAGUAAAGACACUAGGUCACUGGGUGAGGAGCCGCUUGGAGCGUCUCUUGACCCUGGGAGGAAGUCACCUGUGGCAGGUGCAAGACUUUUUAGCAGCCUAGGUGAGCUACACACCCUUUCCCAGAGAAGCUAUGGAACCACAUAUACCAUCCGCCCCGGAAGCCGUUACCCCGUCAGCAGACGCACCCCAAGCCCAGGCUCAGGCUCACCUGACCGAGGUGACCCUCUGGGACGCUUCUCAGGCUUUGGCCUGGCAGCUUCUCCAACUACACCACCACAAACUAUUCUCAAGUCCUCUAGCCUCAGCUUACCCCAGGAGCCUAAAGAGGUCCGCUUUGUGAUGAGGAGCUCCAGUGCCCGUUCUCGCUCUCCAUCGCCUUCCCAUUCACCUGGAUUAGGUUCACCACUUUUAGCACUUCGACCUUUUCACCAAAAGCCCCUCCACCUUUGGAACAAGUACGACGUCGGAGACUGGCUCGAGAGCAUCAACUUGGGAGAGCACAGAGCAGGUUUUCAGGAACAUGAGAUCGAAGGCUCUCACCUUCCAGCGCUAACCAAGGAGGACUUUGCAGAGCUGGGAGUGACACGAGUUGGACACCGAAUGAACAUCGAAAGAGCACUUAAACUGCUUCUAGAGAGCUGACCCUAGCCCUGAGAAAUAGCUACAGAAGAAAAGACAUGAGGACUGAAUUAGUUAAAGAAAAACAAGCAACCAACUGAACCCCGCUCCUCCCAGCGUCUUUUGUUCAGUCUUACAAUGUUCACCUCUGGUUCAUUAUAACAUUUCCUGGUCUGCAUUCACACCCUGAAACUGGCAAUGCAAUGAAGAGAGGAGGCAAUCCUCAUACAAUGAACAUUCCUCCUCUUUUGCUUCACCCUUACUCACUUUGGGGUUCUCCCUUCUCACCUGCGACAGAUCAGGCCGAACGUCCCAAAAGAAUAUCUGGACUUUUUCUUUUACUAAAGAGAAUCACAUGAGCUUCAAUAAGAUCAUUUGAUUUGUGAAAAGUACAGUCGUUGCUUUAGUAACAUCGGUACUUUCUCACCGCACCCUCUCUACCUCUCUCCCCUCUUGUAUUAGGCCUAUGGAAGCCUUUGGCAGUAAAGGAGGAGGAGGAAGGAUUCUCGUCCCAAACAGAAAACUCAGUUGCCUUUUCAAAAAUAUUUCUACUGAAAUCAACUCCGAUGAACACAGUGCUAUGGAAAUAGUACUAACAGUUCUGAAAAUGUUGUGUCUUCUGAAUACCUGCUAUAAUUUUUAAACCGAAGACUUUUGAAUCCAGAGGCGGAGCUCCACAGGAGGAAAAAAAACCCUCUGCCUUGGUACCAAGACUGUGCAAUCUAUAAUAUUUGGAGAAUGUUUAACCAACACUCGUGGCUUUUUUCAUAAUUAAUUUUCUGAUUUUCCAAAGGGAAUAUUAUAUAUAUAUUACUAUUAUAUGGCAUAAUAUAAUAUAUGUAUCUAAAUAUAGCUUUCAAAUGGAAAGACAAUGUUGCAAAGAAAAAAUUUAGUAAACGAAUCUGCAGCUGUUUUGGUUUUAGAUUAGAAAACAGAAAGAAGUCUUAAAAUCUAUUCCACCGAUAGUUUACUAAUUUCUACCAGUUAUAUAUACAUAUAUAUAUAUAUAUAUAU